AUGAAGACUUCAUUUAUCGCCAUUCUCGCUGCUGCCGCCGGCAUGGCCAUUGCCGACAGUCUUGACGUGCCCGAUUGUGCGAAGCAGUGCGUCAAUGAUGAUAUCCAGAAGAGCGGUUGCGCUCAAGAUCAGAUCAAGGACUGCUACUGCCAAAAGGCCAACGUCAACUCACUCGUCAACUGUGUCAGUGGUGCCUGCAAAGAUCAGAACGACCUAGUCAAGGCUGCCCAGGCUGCUCAGAAGGCAUGCCCACAGCUCACAGGUGGCUUCAUUCCCGGCACCAAUAACGGAGGUGGAAACAAUAACGGUGGCAACAAUGGAGGAAAGAACUAG